AUGCAACGAGAACAAGGAGGAACCAGUAGAACAUUAGAACAUAGAUGGAAGUGGGGGAUCGAGGAGAUUGCAGUAGUGGACCAGUACACAUACCUCGGAGUAGAGAUCGCAAAAGACUGCUCGUGGAAUGCACACAUGUCCAAGGUAGCGGAAAAGGGCAAAGCACGAGCAGGAAAGCCGCACCCAAUACUCGCAAACCGGCACCUUGAUACACGCAUCACAUUGACGGUUUUGAAGAGCGUAAUCGUACCGCCGCUAGAGUACGCCGGAGAAGUAUGGGAAGGAAAUAAGAAGGUAGUGAAAGAACUCGAGGCGGCGCAGAUGAAAGCAGCGAAAACCAUCCUAGGAUGCUCCAGGCGCACAAGUAAUGCAGCCGUGAGGGCAGAAUUGGGGAUCCAAUCCCUACGGUCGGGAAGAGACGCGAGGAAGCUGACCUGGCAGUAUCGCAUGUGCGGGAUGGGAGAGGAGAGGUUGCCGAGAAUUGUAUGGGAGGCGAAGUGGGCAAACAAAAAGAGGGGUAGACAACCCACGGAAUGGGUCAAGGUUGUAGAGGACGUAUGGAAGGGGCUCGACAUCGACGAAGAUGAAACGCUGGAAACGGAGGGUCUACAGGGGUUCAAGGAGAAGAUAUCUGUUGCUUGUGCCGAGAGAGAAGAACAGAAUCUGAGGAAAGAAUCCAAGGAUAAGGAGGGUCUAGAAGUGUACGGAAUGUUGAAGGAAGGAAUAGGGUUCAAGGACUACCUACAUGGACCAAUGGAUGCAGGAACAAAGCUUAAGGUCAAAUUCAGGACCGGGGACAUAGGCCUUCGAGAACGUCGACGAAGACAUAGGACGGUAGACGAGGAAGACGACGAGUUCAAAUGUGAUUGCGGCUUCGAAUGCGAAGACCGUGUUCAUGUAGUCGCGGAAUGUCCGUUGUACAAGAAGGAGAGGGAAGUGUACGUGACUGAGCUGGGAAAAAUAGAUAGGACGUACAGGGAAAUGCUUGAGGCAUGGAAUAGAGAGGAAAGGACGGUGGCUGUAAUGGGGCAUAAGAGGGAAGACAUUUUUGAGCCACCUUUGGCAAAGUAG